ACACGCUUUCCAGCCAUAGCCCCUGCGCAAUGCCCGUCCCGCUCGCCAGAAUACGCCCUGUCUCGUUGGCCCGUGUCCGUGGCACGACAGCCAUACACCCCGCUCUCCUGCGCCCUACUGCCAUUCACCUCUCCCGAUCGUUUAUCCUCCCCUUGACCGCUACGCUCUCCUCGCGCUCGUUUCUUUCCACCCCGCACAUCUUUAACGCCAACCUCCAAGCGUCCUCUCAACGAAAUACCACGAGCUCUGGCUCUGACCAGAAGAGACAGGAGAGUGAGUCUGGACCCGAACACGAACCUGAACACGAACCCGGGGCCGAACCAAAAUCAGCCUAUGCAAGAUUCAAAGCCCUCACCAGGAAAUACGGCUCGUGGGCCGUCGGCAUGUACUUUUUCCUCUCCACCAUCGACUUUUCCCUCUGUUUCCUGCUCGUCCAUUCGCUCGGCGCGGAGCGGAUCGCCCCGCUGAUGGAUUCGGCGAAAGCGUUCUAUCGGUCAAAGAGGUACGGGGUCGAGGAAGCGGAGAGGAUGAGGGUCGAGGAUGAGCGGGAGAGGGAGGAGGAGAUGGCCGCUGAAAAGAAGGAGGGCAAGCAGGCCAAGAGCGGAUGGUUUGGAAAGACGUUUUGGGCAGAAGCAGUGUUGGCGUACACGAUACAUAAGACGGCGUUGUUACCUAUUAGAGCAGGGUUGACCGUCGCGUGGACGCCAAAGUUUGUGGGCUGGUUGACCAAAAGGGGAUGGGUUGGCAAGGGCGGCUUAACGCGCGCAGCAUCGCACGGGAGGGAAAAAGUCAGGGGCGCUUCAGAUAGGAUGAAGGUAAAGGUCAAGAGGCCGUAAAAGGUGCAGUUUUGGCAGCGAAGCUGGGAUGUAUCUGGGCGAGGGCGAGUGCCAAUAGGCGAGUCGAAACAUCAGCAUUUCAUAGAGCACAAUGAUACAAUGUCAAACCUUGACACGGGAGCCGGAAAUGAAGCAACUAGG